AUGGCUUCCCGAUAUCUCAUCCCCGUCCUUGUGGCAAUGAUGCUGCUCACGGGCGUCUGCAAUACACUGUUGACAAAGUACCAGGACAACCAGUGUGUCCGCAACUGCGAUGACCCGGAUCCGAAGAAGCGCGCCUACUUUGAGCAACCCGUGCUCCAGACGGCACAGAUGUUUGUGGGCGAGAUGGGCUGCUGGCUCGUUGUCGGGCUCAUGUCCCUGUACAAGCGCUACCAGGAGCGGAGGAACGGUGGCUCGGCCACGACCGCUGCCGAGGGCGGCUACCAGGCCGUGGCGGCCGACGAUACGGGUGCUGGCGAUGACGCGAGCAUCCACUCCACAACGGCCCUCAACGGCAAUGGGAACGGCAAGUUCUUGGCGACCCACGAGAACUCGGUUCUGCGCGGCUGCGGCAUCCUGCUGCUGGCCCUGCCGUCCAUCUGCGACAUCCUCGGCACCACGCUCAUGAACGCGGGGCUGCUCUUGGUGGCCGCUUCCAUCUACCAAAUGACCCGUGGCGCCCUCGUCUUGUUUGUCGGCCUGUUCAGUGUCAUCUUUUUGCACCGCCACCUGCACGUCUUCCAGUGGCUGUCCCUGCUUGGCGUCGUCUUGGGUGUGGCUGUCGUUGGCCUCGCAGGCGCCAUCUCGCCGGAUACCACGACGGCUGGCUCCGACGAUGCCGCCAUGGUCUCCGCAACCGCCCUGGCCGACGUCGGCACGGACGCCCUGCGUGUGAUCAUUGGUGUGCUGCUCAUUGCGGGCGCCCAGAUCUUCACGGCGACCCAGUUUGUCCUCGAGGAGUGGAUCCUCGAGCGCUCGACCAUUGAGCCCAUCCGCGUCGUCGGCUGGGAGGGCGUCUUCGGCUUCGGCGUCACCCUGCUCGGCAUGGUCGUGCUGCACGUUACCAUUGGCCGCACCGAGGCCGGCCAGUACGGCUACUUUGACAUGGUCGAGGGCUGGCGCCAGAUGACGUCGGACCCGCGCAUCCUGGUCACGAGCGUCCUGAUCAUGUUCAGCAUCGGCGGCUUCAACUUUUUCGGCCUGUCGGUGACGCGCAACGUCAGCGCCACGUCGCGGUCCACCAUCGACACCUGCCGGACGCUCUUCAUCUGGCUCGUGUCCCUGGGCCUGGGCUGGGAGACAUUCAAGUGGCUGCAGGUCGUCGGCUUCAUCAUGCUGGUGUACUUCACCUUUGUCUUCAACGGCAUCGUCAAGCCGCCGCUGAAGGUUCUGCAGCCGCCGCGCGUCGAGGAGCUGCUGCCGGAAGAGCCUGUCGAGCACAUGUAA